AUGUUUAUAGUCCAGCUGUCACCACAUCUCGCGGCGGUGCACGCAUCGACACUCAACUUCCGUAAUCUGGUCAUCGCCACGGGCCAUUAUCCAUUCCCUGUAAAGGACAACUUCGUGCCACUGUCAGAUGCUGCAGGCACUAUAGAGGAGGUUGGACCUGGCGUCUAUGGAUUCGAGAAAGGAGAUUUCGCGAUCGCCAACUUCGACCCCACCAAUCAAUUCGGCCCCCAGAAAGAUUGGGAAAAUUCCCUCGGUGGUCCAAUCGAUGGGGUUUGUCGUCCAUACGUUGCUCUACCAGCCAGCGCCAUAGUCAAAAUCCCAAAAUCGACCAAGCUAUCAUGGCCUCAGCUUGCUGGUCUGGUUUGCACUGGAACAACCGCAUGGAAUGUACUCUAUGGGAAUCUCCCAUUGAAAGCGGGUCAGACCGUUCUCUUCCAAGGAACCGGCGGUGUUUCAAUGACUGGACUUAUGCUUGCCAAGGCUGCCGGAGCCAAGACGAUCAUCACAUCCUCUUCUGACGAAAAGCUGAAGUUCGCGCAAGAUCUCAUGAAAUGUGUUGCUCGCGGGGCGCAAAUCGCAGUCAUUGGCUUCCUUGCAAAGGUCGAUCAGAAAGACAUGCCAGAUGUUGCAGCAUUGGUGCUGGAUAAAGGCUGCAUUGUACGAGGUAUCAAUGUUGGUGCCAAGCAAUUAACGGAAGACAUGGUCCAGUUGGUGUGCAGUAAGGAUCUGGGUAUGCCGAUCGACAAAACUUUCAAGUUCGAGCUCGAUGACGUUAAGGCUGCGUAUAAGGACUGGAGUUGA